CAGCCUCUCUCUAGAUUGCGGAUGUAUAUACUGCUGUGUAUGAACUUUUAUAGAGAUUAUAAAAAAUGGAAGGGGGUUUAAAGAAGAUGGUGAAGAAAGAGAAAGAACCAUUUCAUGUAAUUCACAAGGUUCCUUCAGGUGAUGGUCCAUAUGUUAGGGCUAAGCAUGCUCAGGUCUGCUGUUUCCAUCUAUCAAAUCUCUCUUUCUAUCCCGACUCUCAAAGUUCUAUCUAAAAAGAUAGUACAGAAAGAUCCAGAAACAGCUAUAGUAUGGUUUUGGAAGGCCAUUAACGCAGGAGAUAGAGUGGACAGUGCUCUCAAGGAUAUGGCUGUGGUUAUGAAACAAUUGGAUAGAACUGAAGAGGGCAUCGAAGCCAUCAAGUCCUUUAGGAGCCUUUGUUCAAAACAAGCCCAAGAAUCACUUGACAACGUUCUCAUUGACUUGUACAAGAAAUGUGGAAACGCUGAUGAACAAAUAAUACUGCUGAAGCAUAAGCUUAGAAAGAUAUACUUAGGAGAGGCCUUCAAUGGGAAGCCGACUAAGACCGCUCGUUCUCAUGGGAAGAAGUUUCAGGUUUCAGUCAAGCAGGAAACUUCAAGAAUACUGGGAAAUCUAGGCUGGGCUUACAUACAGAAAGGCAAUUACAUGGCAGCAGAAGUUGUAUACCGAAAGGCACAAAUGAUCGACCCGGACACGAAUAAGGCUUGCAACUUGUGUCAAUGCCUAAUAAAACAGGGAAGAUACGAUGAGGCAAAUUUGGUUCUUCAAGACAUAUGGCAGUAUAAACUACCAGGUUUCGAUGAUUCAAAGUCGAGAAAUCGUGCUGAAGAAUUGUUGUUAGAACUGCAAGAAUCUGGGCAGACUCUGCCUUUGUUAACGCCGAGUCUUCCUGAAGGCCUAACCUUUGAAGAUGAUUUCGUUGAAGUGCUUGAACGUGUGAUGAAUGAAUGGGCUCCUGCUAGAUCAAGGAGGCUUCCAAUUUUUGAACAGAUUUCUCAGCAUAGAGAUCAGUUGGCCUGUUGAUUUCAUUGAAAUUACUUUUAUUCUUCUGUAUCUUUUUUUAUUUUAUCAGUUAGAAUAUGUAAAAUUAUUAGAAAAUCAGUAUGUGGAAUAAUGGUUUGAGGGUCUCUAAAUUGAUGAACAUGAUGUUGGGACAUGAGUUUGGAGAAAGAAAUGCGCUCCAUAGAGACUGCAUUUCUUAUUUGAAAAAUAAAAAAAUCAGUUUGUGACCUCAACAAAUGGGUCACUUCUGUAUUCGUCACCA